AUGGACUCGACAGCCGGACAAGCCAGUCCCGGCACGGCAUCCAAUGUCGGCAACCCGACCAGCUCCAGCCCAGAGUCGAACCGCAUCAAUCAGUCGCGAGCUACCGAUGCCAGCACCGGAUCACCAGACACAGCCAGCGUGCAGACACCUGUGAGCAACCCCAAGGGAGCAGCUACGGGCCAGCAGGGCGAGGACAGCAGCACGCAGGAGGCUUUCAAGCAAGACCCCAAUGCUUCCGCCAGCGAGAAGAGACAGAAUGUCGAGGAGAAGGGCCAGAGACCUCUUGAUCCCGCAGACAAGUAA